AUAAAGGAGGAGAAGGGGGUGUUAUCCCUGGCUGACUGGAAGCACGAACAGAACGUGCCCACGUUGCAACCUUUUUUGCAAUCUGGCUAGAUUAGAAAUAAUGGUAGGGCUUGAAUUGCCGUGACAACCGUACGACCAAGCUUAUACUUCCAAAUACAGUCCAGAACAUCAGCCUUGCAGGAGGCGAGACCAUCACCGUGGAGACCCUCGGAGGCCUGGAGCCUGUUCCCCUGGCCAACGAGUCCUUCCUGAUGCUCGGCCAGGUGAUCCGGGGCCCCACCAACCAGGUGGUGGUCCGGUUCCAGAGCCCCUCUCCCGCCAACCCGGGAACCUUCCACUUCCACUUUGAAGCCUAUUUGCUGAGCUGCCCCUUCCCCGCGCGCCCUGCUUAUGGGGGCGUCUCAGUCUCCAGCACCCACGUGGGCGGCCAGGCCUGCUUCUCCUGCAUCGUCGGCUACCAGCUGGUGGGAAAGCCUUGCCUGGCCUGCCUCAACGCCACCCACCCCUUUUGGAGCGGCCUAGAGCCGACCUGCGUCGCGGCCUGUGGCGGGGUGAUCCAGAAUGCCACCACCGGGCGCAUCGUCUCGCCAGGGUUCCCAGCCAACUACAGCAACAACCUCACCUGCCACUGGGUGCUGGAGGCCCCCCCCGGGCAGCGCCUCCACCUGCAUUUCGAGAAGGUCUCCUUGGCUGAGGACGACGACAGGUUAAUAAUCCGGAACGGAAACAACAUCGAGGCACCCCCCAUGUACGACUCGUACGAAGUCGAGUAUCUCCCCAUCGAGGGACUGGUCAGCACCUCCCGUGGCUUCUUCGUCGAGCUGUCCACAGAUAGUGGCGGGGUGGCUGCUGGCGUGGCGCUGCGCUAUGAGGCGUUCCAGCCCGGCCACUGCUACAAGCCGUUUGUCAAGUACGGGAACUUCACCACCAGCAACGUGAGCUACAAAGUGGGCACCACGGUGGAGUUUGCCUGCGGGCCCGGCUACACCCUGGAGCAAGGGUCUGUCAUCAUUGAAUGCGUGGACCCCACCAACCCCCAGUGGAAUGAGACAGAGCCGGCCUGCCGAGCGGUGUGCAGUGGGGAGAUCACAGAUGCAGCUGGUGUGGUUUUGUCUCCCAACUGGCCGGAGCCUUACGGGAAGGGGCAAGACUGCAUCUGGGGGCUCCACGUGGAAGAGGACAAGCGCAUCAUGCUGGACAUACGUCUGUUGCACCUCGGCAAGGGGGACACGCUCACCUUCUACGACGGGGACGACCUGACGGCCCGCGUCCUGGGCCAAUACUCCGGCUCCCACCGGCACUUCCAGCUGUACACAUCCAUGGCCGAUGCCACCAUCCAGUUCCAGUCGGAUCCCGGCAGCAGCGCCGUGGGGUACCGGCACGGCUUCAUCGUCCACUUUGCCGAGGUGCCCCGUAACGACACCUGCCCUGAGCUCCCUGAAAUCCCCAACGGCUGGAAGACCGCCUCCCACCCAGAGCUGACCCAUGGGGCCGUGGUCACCUACCACUGCUAUCCCGGCUACGAGCUGGUGGGCACCGAGCUCCUGAUGUGCCACUGGGACCUGAUGUGGAGUGGGGACCCGCCGUCCUGCCAGAGAGUGACCACUUGUCCAGACCCCGGGGAUGUGGACCACAGCCGGCGGCUGGUCUCUGCCAACAAAUUCCCCGUCGGCUCCACCAUCCAGUUCCUCUGCGAUAAAGGCUACGUCCUGGCGGGGAGUGGGGAGAUCGUCUGCCACGACCGACAGGCCGGGGGGCCUAAAUGGAGUGGCCGCCUCCCCAAGUGCCUCCCUGAGGUCUACGAACCCUGUCGCAAUCCGGGUGGACCCGAGCACGGCACUCAGCACCCCGAAAAGCGCCUCUACCAGGCUGAGGCCACCCUGCGUUUCUCCUGUGCCACCGGCUUCCUGCUGCUGGGCAACACUGUCCUCCGCUGCCUGCCUGGGCACCCCUCACGCUGGAGCGGCCCUCCCCCGCUCUGCAAAGCCGCCUCCAGGGAUGAGUUUUAUGCCAACCCCAACCUGGACGCGGUGGCCAAGGGGGUGCCAGGCCGGGACCUGUUACAAGGAUCCAGUGUGGCUUUUGCCAUCUUCCUGCCGGUGGCUGCCGUCGGGCUCCUCCUGGGCACCACCUACCUGUGCAUCUCCAGGCAUCAGGGGAAACCGUCACUGCCUCUGCCCCUCUCAACCUCGCAGCCCUAUGACCACAUCACGGGCGAAGAGGCCUUCAACAGUUCCGCCUACGAGACCGGAGCUUUUUUCUCCGCAGGAGAUGCCGGCGUAUGAAGUCUCCAUCUAGGGCGGAUGCUGCCCUCAAGGGGGGAGCCGGAGGGGCAGGCCCUACCCACCCCCGAAAGGCUGCCGCUCUCCAGCGACCUUCCCUUCCACGGCUGACUCUCUGCACUGAGAAAGGACUUGUAAAUACCUCCCAGCCUCUCCGCGCAGCAGACUUUCCAGGGACAAGACAAGACAGCCACGCAGCCAGCAUGCCGCUGGUGGAU